GUUUCAGAGGCCUUUUGUAAACAAACCCGUUUCAGCAUCCCACGGGGAGUGACGCCUCUCUGCCGGUCGAUGCUCUUGUCCCUGACGCUCUUUCUGUGGCGACUCUACCAACGUCUGUCCAUCAUGUUCAGCUCGGAGAGACUCACGGUCCCGGAAUAUGUCAGCCGGCUGCAGAGAGGGAGGAGGGGGUCCGGAUCCGGCUCGGGCUCGGGCUGCGAACCCAAAGCCGUCUCUCCGGGCAUCAAGGCCGACGUGCAGGCGGCUCUGGCGCACUCCAUCCCCGCCCUGCGCUCCGCCAUCGCGAGGCUGAAGGCAUCCAACGAAACGUCCGACGCGGAUGAGACCCGCGGGGCCAUCGCGGAGCUCUUCCAGCUGGUGGAGGAGGCCUGGGUUUUGCCCGCCGCGGGACGUCAGGUGGCCGAGGAGAUCUGCAACAGGAUCCGGCUGGAUGGAGGCCUGGAUCUGCUGCUACAGCUUCAGCUGACCCCUGCUGUGGAGAUCACUUAUGAGUCCGCCAAACUGCUGGAGCAGAUACUGAUCUCCGAAAACAGAGAUUAUAUAGCACGCAUGGGUCUCGGGGUGGUCCUCAACCUGACUCGGCACCAGGAAGACGCGCAGCUGGCUCGCAGCGUCUCAGGGAUCCUGGAGCACAUGUUCAAACACAGCGAGGAGACGUCGGUCCACCUCAUCUCUAACGGCGCACUGGAUGCCCUCCUCUUCUGGUGCCGGGGCACGGACCCCACUGUCCUGCGCCACUGUGCCGUGGCGCUAGCAAACUGCGCCAUGUACGGAGGCCACCGCUGCCAGCGGUUGAUGAUCGAGAGACAGGCAGCCGAGUGGCUUUUCCCACUGGCUUUUUCCAAAGAGGAUGAACUCAUUCGCUUCUACGCGUGUCUGGCGGUGACAGUGUUAGCUGCCAACAAAGAAAUUGAAAAAGAGGUGGUGAAGUCGGGAACCUUAGAGCUGGUGGAGCCAUUCAUCGCUUCUUUGGAUCCGGAUGACUUUGCCCGCAGUUUGUUGGACAGUUCAGACUCCAUGCAGGGUAAGACAGCGGCCGAUCUGCAGCAUCUCUUGCCGUUGCUUGAUGGCACGCGAGUGGAGGGAAAGUGCAUCGCAGCCUUUUACCUUUGCGUUGAGACCAGCAUCAAGUCUCGUCAGCGCAACACUAAGAUAUUUCAAGAGAUCGGAGCAGUGCAGAGCCUCAAGAGAAUCGUCAUGUACUCCAGUAAUGGCACAGCCUGUGCCCUCGCCAAACGGGCACUGAGCAUGAUGGGGGAAGAAGUACCGAAACAUAUCCUGCCAUGUGUGCCCAACUGGAAAACAUGUGAAGUGCAGACCUGGCUGCAGCAGGUCGGCUUCAGUGCCUACUGUGAACGUUUCCAGGAGCUCCAGGUGGAUGGAGACCUCCUGCUGAACAUCACAGACCAGGAACUGAGCACCGACCUUGGCAUGACGGCAGGCCUCACUCGCAAGAGGUUUUUGAGAGACUUGCGCGUGUUGAAGACGUACGCCAACUACUCCACAUGCGACCCAAACAAUAUGGCCGACUGGUUAGUCAUGUUGGACCCUCGUUUCCGUCAGUACACCUACGGCCUGGUCCAGUCCGGCGUUGACCGCAACAUUGUCCAGAGCCUGACCGAUCAGCAGCUCCAACACGACUGCCACAUAGACAACGGAGUCCACAGAGCCAGGAUACUCUCGGCCAACCGCGGGCCCUCUAAACCGUGCCACACAGACGCCCAGCCUGCAGGGCCCGACGUCUUCAUCAGCUACCGCAGGACCACCGGCUCCCAGCUGGCCAGUCUUCUGAAGGUGCACCUGCAGGUUCGAGGGUACAGUGUAUUCAUAGAUGUGGAGAAACUGGAGUCUGGUAAAUUCGAGGACAAACUGAUCCAGAGUGUACAGCGGGCACGGAAUUUCAUCCUGGUCCUGUCUGCCAACGCGCUCGACAAGUGCAUGGGUGACACUGCCAUGAAGGAUUGGGUGCAUAAGGAGAUAGUCACAGCCUUGACCUGCAAGAAGAACAUAGUUCCUGUCACAGAUCAAUUUAUGUGGCCCGAUCCCACAUUGCUACCAGAGGACAUGAGAACAAUUCUGAACUUCAACGGAAUCAAAUGGUCCCAUGAAUAUCAGGAGGCCACGAUCGAGAAGAUCCUACGCUUCCUGAAAGGACAGCAAGACCAGACCGACGGAAAAGAGGAGAAAAAGAAAUAAACUGUUUUACCUCAGCUAUGUAAAAUGUAGACGAUGCCAAACGCCACGUGGCCUCCGGUGAACAGGGCGGCAGCUUUCCCCGCUUUGCAUGUGGAGUCAGUUUGAUGUUUUAGGUAACAUGCUCACACAAAGACCCUAAUGUAAUUAGCGCAAACAAUGCUUCUUAGUCAAAAGGGAAUUUGCAGUUUGUCUAUAAUUAAUUGUAUUCCUAUAAUCCUAGUAUCCCCAUAUGCUGUUGAUGUGUAAUCAGGAACAGAAAAGACGCCUUCUGUCUCUCAGGAAAAUAACUGUGAUGGAUCAGCCGUUGUUGGCACCCCAGCAAAAUCAUCGAUAGCUGAAGCGUCCACUAAUCACAAAGGUUAUAUGCAACCGUCUUUUGUCCAACUUCAAAACUGUAGAUACACGCGACCAAGGCUGGUCUGACAUCAAACAUAUUAUGUUUUGUUUGUGAUGGCAAAGAAAGAGAGUUUUCUUGCAAAGGCAUUUAUGUAAUCACGAUGACAUUGUCCUCAGCGGGCGUUAUCUAAGCUGGAGACAUGCAAUACAGAUAUAACCGAGCUACAUGCUGUAAAACUGCACCCAAAAUGUGCAGAUCAAAGGACUGUACAGGCCACCAACAUGCGCAUGUGGUAUUAACCGUUUCCUUCCUAUCGUGUUACCAACGUUGAGUUGACAUACAUGAAGUACAGUAGUCAAAAACUGUAAAACUCUUUGAAAAUGGCUCCAUGUGAGUGGCAGUGUCCUUUGGACUGCCGUUACAAACUGUGCCAUGUACGGAGGCCAUCAUUUCUGAAAGUAGUGAAGGACACACUCUCACUUUAACCUCUUUUUUCUCAUUUCAUACUGUUAACUGGAGGUUUUAUUCAGUCUGAUAAUCAAUUAGUUGUUUAUUCAUACUGUCAUUAGGUCUCCAAGAAGUCCUGGUCACAUAUUGUUCUGUAAAAGGAUGCUUCUGCAGGCUGAAUGCAACUCCUGUUUUGAAGCUCUUUCAUCUGAUCUUGCCUUAACAUUGUUUGCAUUUUAAGUCCAGCUGAUUGCAUUUGUUGAAUUAGAUUUUUUCAAGAAGUCA